AUGAAGAAGAAGCUUGUUAUUGAAGAUGACAAUCAACAAAAUGUAUUACCAACUCCAAAGACUACUGCUAAACGUAAUCGAAAGAAUACUAUCUGUAAUAAUAACACAAUUCAAGAAUCAACUGUUAUUAAUGAAGAUUUGGAUGAAGGUUCAGGUGAAGAAGUUAACGUUCAAGAACUAAUAGUAACUGCAAAUUCUUUGAUUAAUAACUUCUAG